AGAUAGUCGAAGAUGUUGUGAGUGCGCCGGUGCAUCCUUGAAUAGCAGUCCAUGACCUUGGGCUUUCGCUGAGUAAGGACCAUGUGAGAGGAGCGCGGCGCGCUCCCGUCGGCCUGGCUGAGAAAAGGCGCAUCCUCCCUUUUUUCAUUGCAGUCACGUCUCCUUGCACAGAUUUGAGAUGAGGCACAAAGGGAUGUGAAUGUAUCCUGUCAAUAUUAUGUCAGCAGAUUAGUGUUAGCCAACAGGAGGAUGAAGCCUCACAUCGUAUUUUGCGUAUCCCUCCAAAUUUAACCCUUCGGGGGGGGGGUUUCUCCGCUAUUCUCCACAACCUGCGAUGCCUACAUCGGACCGAGCGACUGCACCUCGUUGAGAUCAAGAACCAGGCGCACCUUCAGAACCCUUUGAUGAUUCUUCAUCAGACCACCUUUGCGUAACGAGUGAAACCACAGAUUUUUUGGGGGGUGCUGGGUGGGGAAGGCGUGGGGAAAUCGGAUGUGUUUGCAGAAACCAUCAGAUCUGUUAGUGAAUUAGAUGAUGCUUUCCAUCCAUCAACAAUGAUGCUCUGGAUUGAGAGCGGACAAACGGCGUAGAAAGGUGGCGGACAAUGUCCAGCUCAGCUCAGCGGGUAUUGAGGCACCUGUGAUCCUGGUUCUGGAUGCGGCGCAGAGAGACACCUACCCGGGUGUCACCGUCAGCUCUGGAUGCUGCGCCGAAGGAUGGCAUACACCGACCCGUCGUCGGGCAAAGAUAUACUCGGCAGUAGAUCCCUGUGUUUCAUAUUUAUUUGCGCAUUUGGACUCGUCACGCUUUUACAACAGAUUCUUUAUGGGAAAAACUACAUCAAGAGUGCACAACAGUUUAGCCGAGUCAAAGGGGACGAGACCGGAAAUUGGACCGGCCCCGUUAAUUUCUUCGAUGACGGAUCUCUGAAGCCUGCCAGAAAUGGAAGGAAAAGAUGUUUCCGUCAGAAUAUUCAGCCAGAUUCACAGAUCUCCGUAAUAGUCACACCCUGCCUAGCUGAUAUUAAGAAGAAAAAAAAACGCUCUCAAAGGUAUCUGGAAAAUUAUGACGGCUCUUUUGAAUUCAACUCCACGGCUUGCAGGGAGCUCAGACAGGAGAUUAUGGAUGUCAAAGUCCUGACGAUGGUUAAAACCUCAGAGCUGUUUGAAAGAUGGCGAAACCUACAAAUCUGCAAGUGGGAGCAAAACAAAGAGGAGGCCAGCAACUUUAAGAUGUCUCUGUCCCGCUGCUGUAACGCUCCAUCCUUUUUGUUCACCACCAAGAGAAACACUCCUUCAGGCUCUAAGCUAAGGUAUGAGGUGGACACCAGCGGCAUCCUUCCCAUUACCACGGAGAUUUUCAAGAUGUUCCCAGAUGAUAUGCCAUUUUCCAAAUCCCAGUUCAAAAAAUGUGCUGUCAUUGGAAAUGGUGGCAUCAUCAAGAACAGCAAAUGCGGAAAGGAAAUCGAUUCAGCCGAUUUUGUUUUCAGAUGCAAUGUUCCCCCCAUCAAUGAGAAAUACUCAGCAGACGUGGGCACCAAGACAGACCUGGUGACCAUAAAUCCAAGUAUUAUUACAGAGAGAUUUCAGAAGCUGGAGAAAUGGCGGCGGCCAUUUUACGAAGUCCUCCAGAACUACGAGAACUCAUCAGUGGUGUUACCUGCCUUUUACAACACCCGCAACACUGACGUGUCUUUCCGAGUCAAGUACAUGCUGGACGAUUUCGACUCCCAGAGAGGCGUGUUCUUCUUCCACCCGCAGUAUCUCCUGAGCGUGCAGCGUUUCUGGGCGGUGCAGGGCGUCCGGGCCAAGCGCCUGAGCAGCGGCCUGAUGCUCGUGACGGCCGCCAUGGAGCUCUGCGAGGAGGUGCACCUCUACGGUUUCUGGGCGUUCCCCAUGAAUCCAGCCGGCAUCUUUAUUACUCACCACUACUACGACAACGUGAAGCCACGGCCAGGCUUCCACGCUAUGCCUCAUGAAAUUUUUAACUUCAUCCACAUGCACACGCGAGGGAUCAUCCAUGUACAUACGGGGCGCUGCACAUGAUCUUUUUUUUCUUUUCUUUCUGGUUUUUAAAUUAAUGUGUUUUGUUUUUGUUAGGAUUAUGCACUUGGCAAUUGGAGUGCACACUUAUUUGCUCCGAUUAGUUCAACGGUGUGGUGAAGAUUUGCUCGCUAGAACACGUUUCUCUUUUUAAAGAGCCUCUGCAGCUGUCAUGUCACUGUGGCGAUCUCCGAGUCUCUGUCCAUAGGAUGCUCAUGUUCAAUAUAAAAAGUGAUCUUCAUAAUA